AUGGAAGCGAUACGGCGCCUGGUCGGAGUGCCUGCGGCGAGAAGCCCACCGCCAAGAGUAGAGACUGACGACAUCUAUCCUCUUCAUAUGCUGGAUGACACUAAGACACUCCGAGGGAUUGUUGUCACUUGGACACUACGUUUUGACGAUGUACUCGAUCCGGAAAAGCUGCAUAAAUCAUUGAUCCGGCUCCUAGAGAUAGGUGACUGGAGGAAGAUCGGCGGCCGCCUGAGGAUGAAGGAAGAUGGAGGAUUAGAGAUUCACGUCCCGCAGGCCUUCACAACGGAACGUCCUGCGUUGAGUUACAGUCAUGAACAUAUAUACUCGAACAUUGCGGAUCAUUCAGUAGGAAAGACACUGCCUAAAGCCACAGAUGGACCAUCUAUUCAGUCUGGGCCUCAAUGCUUCCGCUCCUUCGCGGCUCGUGAAGGCGCACCAGCCGCGCUGGACGAUUUCAUCUUCAGUGACAUUCCUCAGCUGUCGUUACACAUCACCUCAUUCAACGACGCGACGCUCAUUGGGCUCUCUUGGCCCCAUACACUGAUGGAUGUGAUGGGUCAACAGGCACUUCUGCAGGGCUGGUCUCUGGUGUUGGCUGGCCGUGCAUCCGAUGUACCGCAGGUUCUGGGGGCCAGAGAGGAUGUUAUAUGCGCUGCUCAAAGCGGACAUGAGGAAAAGGAGGAAUUCAAAUUAAGAGAUAAAGUAAUGGGGGGCUGGGGCCUGGUUACGUUCGGGGUGCGAUUCGCUUUGGACAUGAUGCGCAACCCUGCUGUCGAGACACGGACCAUUUUCUUGCCUCAACGAGCCAUCAAGAAGCUGCGACAAGAGGCGGAGAGUGACCUGGCACACUCAGAUAGCGACAAACCACCCUUUGUCAGUGACGGAGACAUACUUACUGCAUGGGCAACGCGUGCGGUGGCUUCGUCGCUCCCACAGCCACGGCCGGUGACUGUGCUUCACGCACUCAACUUGCGGUUCCGGCUCCCGUCGCUAAUCGAGGCACCGGGCGUUUUCAUUCAGAACAUGGCAAUAGCAGCAUAUACAUUUCUGCCUGCUGAUUGUGCGACUAGCCCGCUUGGACAGAUCGCGCUGGAAAAUCGACAUCAUCUUUUGGACCAAUCGACGGAAGGCCAGGUUCUGGCCUUCAUGGAAGAGCUAUCAAAGGAUUCUAAAGGCGAUCCUAGGGUGCUGUGUGGCGAUUCUAAUGCUCUGCUAUUGCCCUUGACUAAUUGGGACCGAGCAAACAUCUUUAAAACUGCUGACUUCAGCUCUGCGAUUCUUACUUCGGCAAAUGUAGCGUCUAGAAGCAGCCCUCCGGGAACAAUCACGUACCAUCACGCGGAUUCAAUGCAACAGAAUUCGGCGGCUAGGAACGUUGUGGUAGUGCUGGGAAAGGAUCAUAGUGAUAACUACUGGAUAACCGGAGUUCAACUGACACCUUUAACUUGGGAUAAGAUUGCAGAGGAUAUUGCAAGGCUCUAG